CACAACACAUGCCACAAUAAAACCACCACCGUUUCAUCACAGCAGCACCUCAUCAUCAUCAUCCAAACCCUAAUUUCACCACAAACCAUCUUCACAAUAACCUCCAAAAUCACCAAACUCUCACCAAAAUUCACCACCAAUUUGCACAAUCCACCUAUCACAGUACUCACCUGCACUCAAUUUGCACAGCUAGAAGCAAUCAUCGAUCUCAAUUACCCAAAUUACCGUUUUUAGGGUUAACCGAACCCUAAUUUAAGUUUUUCCAAUCAAAAUCGCCAGACGAAACGUCAUCGUUUUGUGUUAAUCUUAUCCGCAAUUCGGUACCCUAGGGUUUGUUGUUCGAUUUUGAUUACAUCGAUACUUAUAGCCAGACGAAACGUCAUUGUUUUGUGUUUACUAGUUUCAGAUAAAUUGCUGAAACUGUAGACUUUCAGGUUCAGUUUUGUGUAUGUAUAACAGUAUAAGUAUUAAGUAUACAUACAUAAAUCGUUGAAAGUAUACUUUCAGGUUCAAUUUUGUAGCUGUCUGGUCAAAAUCGCCCGAUGAAACGUCGUCGUUUUGUGUUUAAUUUUAUCCACAAAUCGGUACCCUAGGGUUUGUUGUUCGAUUUCGAUUAUAUCGAUAUUCAGGUUCAGUUUUGUGUAUGUAUAACAGUAUAACUGUAAAAGUAUACGUACAUUCAUAAAUCGGUAAAAGUAUACUCUCAGGUUCAAUUUUGUUGUCUGGUCAAAAUCGCCAGGCGAAACGUCGUCGUUUUGUGUUAAUCUUAUCCACAGAUUGAUACGCUAGAAGUUGUUCAGUUUCAAUUUUAUCGAUUCUCGAAGAGUUAUUUGUCAUUAGAAGUAGAUAAACCGUUGAAAGUAUACUUUCAGCUUCGGUUUUUGCAUAUGUACAACAGUAUAACUGUAUAAGUAUACAUACAUACUGCAUACAUAUCUUAGGGUUUUGUUAUUGAACUAGAAACCCUAGGUUUUUUGAAAGUGUGAAAUUUUGAUUUGUGUUGAGUUUAGAACUAGAAGCGUAUUUGAGUGUUUUUGGAUAAGAAAUGGCUGGACGUGGAGGUAGGAAGGAUGAUUCGGUAGCAAUUAGCAGUACGAAUGUUUUUGCGGCUCUUGGGAGUUUGAAGAAGAAGAAGAAAUCUGAUAAGGGUGGUAGUUCGAGAAAGGGGCGAGAUAAGGAGGGUGAAGGGGAGACGGAGCAGGUUUUUUGGGCUCCGGCACCGUUAACGGUGAAGUCGUGGGCGGAUGUGGAUGAUGAAGAUGAUGAUGAUUACUUUGCGACUACGGCUCCGCCGCCUGUUUGGGGUGGUGGUGGUGAUCAGGAAGAUAAGGUGAAAGGAAGUGAGAGUCCUGUUGAGGAAAGUGAAAGUGAAGAAGAUGACCUUGAUGAAGUGGAUGAUGACAAUGAUGAUGAAAAUGAUCAUGAACCAGAACCACCAGCAGAAAAGGAGCCCGCUGUUGAAAAGCCCUCUGAAGUUUUGCCGCCCAAAGAAGCCGACAGACAACUUUCGAAGAAGGAACUGAAGAAAAAGGAGCUUGCAGAACUUGAAGCUGUUCUUGCUGAAUUGGGUUUAAACGGCAAUAAUACCCAAGAAGACACCCGUGGUAGUGUUCAAGAGAAAGUCGAGAACCAAAACGGGGAGCAAGAGAAAAAAGACAAUAACGUGCAAGGCGGCGAGAGCAAAAGUGCAAAAAAGAAAAAGAAGAAAGAUAAAUCUUCAAAGGAAACCAAAGAACAACAAGACCUCACAAAUGAACCCGACCCCAUGAAUUCUGAAUCUGCUGAAUCCGAGAAGGCUGAAAAUUUAUCUGCAAUCGACGUCAAAGAGAAAAUGAAAAAGGUGGCUUCCAUGAAAAAGAAGAAAUCCAGCAAGGAAAUGGACACCGCCGCCAAGGCUGCCGCUAGUGAGGCCGCGGCAAGAAAUGCACGACUUGCUGCAGCUAAAAAGAAGGAGAAGAGCCACUAUAACCAGCAGCCUGUUCGCUAAGUUUUGUCUUUACAGUUUAUGAUAUAUAUGUCUAUGCUGUAGAUUGCAUGCUUAAUAAACCCUAUGGUCGUCUUCGGUGACAUUUUGAGAAGUGUUCACAUAGCGAAAUUUUACAGUUUUUUUUUUUUACAUUAUAGAAUUUAUAGACCUGUUUGUGCGGUUGGUAGAAAGUGAAAAAGAUCCUUUCAUGGAUGAAACUGUUUUAGAAUUCUAGUUUUUGUUUGUCUUUGGAUGAUGAUUUGUUUCCUCCUCCUUCUAUUUAUGUGAAUUGGGAAGUUUGUAA